AUAGCUGUGUGGUGAUAUCCAUGGGCAGUUCUAUGACAUGAUGGAGCUUUUCAAAGUUGGAGGUGAUUGCCCCAAGACCAACUACUUGUUUCUUGGCGAUUUUGUUGAUCGUGGAUACUACUCUGUUGAGACGUUUCUGCUUCUACUCGCUCUCAAGGUUAGAUAUCCAGACCGUAUAACUCUCAUCAGAGGAAACCACGAAAGCAGGCAAAUCACACAGGUUUAUGGAUUUUAUGAUGAGUGUUUGCGUAAGUAUGGUUCUGUAAAUGUCUGGAGAUACUGCACCGAUAUUUUUGACUACAUGAGUCUUUCAGCUGUUGUUGAGAACAAGAUAUUCUGUGUUCAUGGCGGUCUCUCUCCAACUAUUUAUACUCUUGAUCAGAUCAGGACAAUUGACCGAAAGCAAGAAGUGCCACAUGAUGGUGCCAUGUGUGACCUCCUAUCACUACAAUAA